AUGAGCUCACUUGGACUCUCCCAGUCACCGAUGACAGUGGAGUUGAGACUCGACGAGACAGAUUCAACCUACACUCACCAAGAUACUGUAUCGGGCGAGGUAAUAUUGCACACCGAGUCGCCGGCCGACUUGUCAACAAUUGUCCUAAACUUGUCGGGAACAGCAACGUCCCGACUGACUCAAAGCAGACGCACAGAAACCCAUAAUAUUCCCCAAGCGACCGAAUGCUACAAAACCGGUCACUGGUCAAACAAACCACAAAUUACAUGUGCGAAUAUUCCGUGUUGGCCCCAAAGGAAAUCCCACCUAUUGAGGAAGACUCCACCCUCAACAGGGCACUCGGAGUCACUGGCCGAGAUUCAAUAUUCCCUGAGUGUGGUUGUUACCGGCAAAAGCACAGUGAAACAGACCCACUACCGAGCCAACAACCGUUUAAGCAGCAAUGCUUCAUCAGCAUCAACCCACACAUCCUCACCAGCGAUUCGCCUUUAUCCUUCAGAGUCGACACUGAGCUUCGAAACGGACCUUGCCUUUUUCUAG